ACCAACUUGAGAACUGAGCAUAUGUAAACAUGAUAAACGAUGUUCAAAAUGUAGUUUUUGGAAAGUGUACGUCAAAUUUCUUUUUUAAUCUCGAGUGAUAACUAAACAAGUGACACGAUGUCCAAAGUAAAAGGUGUAUAUAUUCAAACUACUGACCAAAAUGGAGAUAAAUCGUAUGACUGGUCCACAGACAUGGUGUUGGAAAGCAAAACAUUUAAUGAGCACUAUAUGUCAAUGAAAAAGGAAUUCGGCCUAGAAGACCCAAAACUUGUUGUUUCGGUCAUUGGUGAUGUCAACCCCGACGUUCCUGGCAAAUUGGAGCUAGCGUUUCAAGAAGGCAUCCAGACUCUCUUGAAAACACAAGACACAUGGCUUCUAACGGAUGGUACAGAUGCUCGUUUACAAACCUUGGUUGGUAAGGCAGUUGAGCGUCUAAACAGUAAAGACGAGGAGUCGGCAGUUUCCAUCAUUGUCACUUACCCGAAACCGGCAAGCCAACCUCCAAACGAAGCCAAGAAAUCAACCUCGGCUGGGACGACGUCAUACAGCACACCAAGUGAAGGUCCAUCGAAAGACAGAAAUAAACAUGUCAAACUUGUUGGUGAUGACGCCGAAGGAACAGCACCGGCUGCUUUCAUUGCUAAGCUCCAGAGUUAUAUCAGCACCGAGUUGAACACAACAACCUCAGUUUCUCUGAUGUUUGGCGGAAAACCUCCGGAGAGCGCAUUGCAGUUUUUCCUGCAAUCACCUCAAAUACCGAUGGUUGUGAUCAAAGGAUCCGGGGGUGCCGCCGACCGCAUUCUUCAUUUAUGGAACACAAAAGGAAAAGGUUCCAGUACUCAAUCUCAGCACAAGUUCUACCGAUCACUCAGUCGUAGGCAGUUCAAAAUGAUUGAUGACGAUGUCAGAAAUAGAUCAGUUGUGGUUUGUGUCCUUGACGGAGAGCCAACCAACAAAGAGACUAAAGGACUCAAGGCAGCUGUCCUAAAGGCAGCUAUCGAUUGGAGCAAUAUCGAAAAUGCUGAAGAUCAAAUUAGAUUGAACAGGCAGAUUGAUCUCUCCCUCGCGCUCCGUGAAAGUCAAACGGCAGAGGCACAUAUUUUCGACACUAAGGAUUAUCGAAAGCUGAAUGAUGACAAUGGAAAGCCAAAACCGCAGAAAAACAACCGAGAGGUAAAGACUAAGCUGAAGGAAGCUCUUAUCAAUAACCAGCCAAACUUUGUGAAAUUAUUUCUCAAGGUGAAAUACGAGUACUGCAACUUGGAUUAUUUCACGGAAAAAGAUGUUGAGGACCUCUACAUCCGUUUCCUGGGGGUUGACAAGAAAGUACCCACAGCAGACGAGCCAAUAGCAGGCUUGCUCGAAAGGCUAUAUAUUGAGGGACUGACUGUAAAAUGGCUUCGCCGAACCGGAGAGGUAUUAUCGCAGUUGAUUGGCCCUCAUUGUGAACUUACCGGUGCAUACAGCAGAGAAGAAAAAGAUCAAAAACCAUGCAAAACCUCGACUGGUGAGAAAAAAGUAGAAUCACCAGUCGCGAAGAAAAACAAAGAGACACAAACGGAGAGUGUUUCAGGUGGCACACCACUAGUGCAUGCGACUCCAUACGAGAAGAAAAACGAAGAGACACACACGGAGAGUGUUUCAGGUGGUGGCGAUUCGAAUAUUGAUAUUGGGACGCAUCUUUUUCUGUGGGCAGUUCUAUUCAAUAGAACAGACAUUGCCUAUUUCUUCUGGCAACAUGGGAACAUUGGGAAGAACACCAAGAAACAUCCUCAUAUCAUAAUGGCACUGAUGGCCAGCACCAUACUCUCGAGGCUCGCACGAAGAGCUCACGACGAAAAAGAGCCAGCUCUGCAGGAAUCACUUGCCGAACAUGCAAAGUUGUGGGAAGUUCGGGCAGGUGAUGUGCUGAUGGAGUGCAGCGCCAAUGACAGAAAUAAGACCCAAUCCCUUCUAACGCGAGAACACUCAGAAACCAUUUGGGGCGAGGGAACUACGUUACUGAGUGCGGCAUUUAUGGGACAGCGGAAGCAUUUCCUCGAACUCAUUCCUUGCCAAGUGAACAUUGACGCAACGUGGAGAGGGAAGAUGGUUCGGUCAACUCCUACGUGGAAGAUAUUUCUGACUGCCGUAUUGCCCUUUUUGAUCUUCAUGAUCAAGUUCACAGAAAGAAAAGCAUGUACUUGUAGUAUACCAACAUGCCGUAGUUCCAAGGUAGAAGAUAUUUCCAAAGUAGAAGAAAAACAUGCAAAAUCAAAGUGGGCGUAUCCUGUUGGAUACGAUUGGAAAGAUUUAUCUACUGUCCAUUUCACCCUUGCAUACGUACAUUUCUACACUGCUCCCAUUACCAAGUAUUAUGCCCAUACAGUGUCUUACUUGGUGUUCCUGGGACUAUUCAGUUAUACCUGCCUAACAAACCUUCAUCCAGGAUUCCCGCCUGUACCUGAGUUGAUUGUGUGGUUUUGGAUUCUGCUUUUUCUUGUUGAGGAAUGCAGACAGAUAUACACCUCAGCAGACAAUGACACUAUUCGGCAAGGUCCACUUAUUAGUAAAGUACCGCUGAUCUGGUGGCACGACAAAUGGAAUCGAUACGAUUGGCUCCUCUAUGUUGUUUUCUCCCCUCUGUGCCUGAUAAUUCGACUGACAGUAGAUGAACAGAACUUCCAACACGCUCGGAAUGCCUUUGCUAUCACACUGGCCGGCUUCUUCUUUCGUUUUCUGCAAACCUUCUAUGCAUUCAAAGAGGUUGGAUCAAAGGUCCAGCUAAUAUUUCACAUGAUGAAAGACCUUUUUAAAUUCGGACUUAUCUUGUUCGUCUUCGUCUUGAGCUACGGGAUGGCUAUUACGAUCAUCAUUUAUCCGAACAGACCGCUAAGCUGGCGCCUUGUUAGAUACGUGCUCUACAGCCCAUACUGGCAAAUAUUUUUGAGGGAAUCUUUUGUGAACAGAAUUGACGGUGAAGAUGGAGCCCCAACAUGCUCAGGAAACCUCACUAAUUGGUUGAAUGAACAUGGCGAGUUGGAGUGUCGUGAGGACAACAGUUUCGGGGACGCCCUUCUUGUUAUCUACUCCAUGUUUACCAACGUCCUUCUCCUGAAUGUCCUCAUUGCAAUGUUUAAUUCUACAUUUGAGAGAUUUCAGAAGGAAUCCACCACGUGGUGGCACUAUAACCGAUAUUCGUUUGUGGAUGAAUACAAGCAGAGACCAUUGCUUGCGCCACCUCUCAACAUCCUGAGUUACAUUUUUCGUAUUGGAAAAUACAUCAGUAGGAAUCAGGAAAAAAUGCGUCAGAAAGUAGAUGAAAAAAAUGAAGGCGAAUUCGACGACGACGAGCUCACGGAAUUCGAAAGGAUUAAUAUGGAAAAACGGAUGGAAUAUCACGAUAAGAAAAUUUAUUUGAAAAAACAGUUGGUGGAAGCUGGAAUUACGCUCAAACAAAAAAAACGAUUAUGGGAGCCGGGGAUGACAUUUGAUGAUGAUGAUGAUAAUGAUGAUGCUGAUGAUGAUGGGAUGCAUAAUGAAUUUGCAGCAACACUGCUUCAUAUGGAAAAGACCCUGUCGGAGACCAUUUCGAAGCAACUGACCAAAGAACUGGACCAACGAAACAACUACCCACAUAUUCCAGGAGACCGACUUGGUGCUAUGGAAGAUAAAUUGGAGAAACUUAUGGACGCCCUUCAAAAAUUCGAUAAGAGGCUCGGUUGGAAAUCUUAAUCAAAAAGGAAAAAGUCCAUGUCGAGUCAACUAACCAAUUUGCUGGGUGAACGAAGUACACUAUAAAUUGCACCGGAUAGACUGCAUUGAUGACAGUUGGUGAAAAUAAUGGACGCCCCCAAAAAGCAAGACAAGAGACUGGAGGAGAGUCAAAAUGAGUUGUCAAAAAAAAAUGAACAACCUGCAUAGACACAGACGUGACAAAGAAGAAUCAACAUAUAUCGAACCCAAACACGGCGAACUGAGCUGUUGCAGAAUCAGAACAGACUUCAUUGAGUCAAGUGUUGCGAAACAUCCCGCUCCAUACCCCUUGUCUUGAACAUCAGCUAAGUGAAAAGACACUAUGUAGAGACUAACCAAAUGUAGCCCAAUUGUUUCGGCAGUUACAAUACGCAAAUUUUCCCGGAAAUGCGUGAAAAAUCGCCACCAAAACCGCCACCAAACUUGGGCAUAACAUGUUUAGAUGAUUACGCGUAUGUUAGCAACAUAAAUAUCAGGCAAGGACUGGCUGAAAUAUGCACAUACCGGGUAGAUAAAAACGCGCCCAAAUAUGAUGGUUUAAUAACUCCUGAUGUUUUUCUUGCAUUGAAGUGAAAUUUAGUCCAUAUAGAUCUUUCUUUUUUUUAGCUCAAUAUGAACAGUUCGUGCAGAAACCACUGAGAAGUUGGCGCAAGUGAGAUUUCACAUGAGUCAAUAAAAUAUUUCCUGUGCAGUUAACCAUGGAAUGAUUAUGAUUCUGCUGGUAUCAAAUUAAUCGACAGAGCUUGCUCUUCAAGUACAUAUGUAUGUUUGAGGGUAAAUGCCAAAUUAAUGAAAGAUAUUAACCAUUUUGUAAGUGUAACAUUUUUAUUGAGCCACUCUGUAUAUGGUUUUUCUUAUCUUUUUAACGUCAGGCGACGCUAAUAGUCAGCGUUACGUAUAUGGCUGGCGCGAGUGGACAGAAUUCAGAAUUAUGCCACGGCAUAAAUAGGAAUUGUGGUGCACCAUAAAUCGACCAAUCAAAACCUCGGAUUUCGUGAAUUAUGCCGCGGCAUAAAUAGGAAUUGUGGACGGAAGUGUCAUUUAUGGAGGACGGAAGUAAAUCAGAAUUGUGGUGCACCAUAAAUCAACCAAUCAAAACAUCGGAUCUCUAACAUCCGGCGUCCAUAAAUAGCACUUCCGGCGUCCAUAUAUCGCACUUCCGGCGUCCAUAAAUCGCACUUCCGUCCAUAAAUUCGGCUCUCUGAUUGGCUGUCUGCUAUUACGAAUAUAGUCGUGGGUCUAAAACGAUUAUAGUCGUGGGUUGAUUCAUUUAUGUCGUGGUAUAAUUCAGAUUCAAUGGUCACCAUAAUUCAUGAAAUGCGGGGUUCUGAUUGGCUGUCUACUAUUAUGAAUAUAGUCGUGGUAUAAAUCUGAUUUAUCCCGACCCUUAAUUCAGAUAUUUGUCCACUCCCGCCAGCCAUAUACGUACAGGUAUAUUAUUCACGCUAGCGUAAUUGCUUGUAUCAAUUUUUUCCAUAUAGCUGCGUGGAAUUUAUAAUAGUGUGGAAUUGUCAUUAUGAGAAAAUACUACAAUAUACAUGCAUUCUCAACAGGUACCGAAGAGUACACACAGUGAAAGAUAUACAGUCAAGAUGCAGGGAAAAGAUGUCGGUGAUCAGGCUUUUCAAUUUCAUAUUUUGUUUGUACUAAUUUGGGCUCCUAACUUCGGACUUACUACGUGCUCUUAUUCCAACGUGCACGCCACCGGUCAGAACAGUGCCCGAGCUAUCAGUCGAACUUGGCGUCAAACUGUGGAACAUGAAUGAUAGCCAGCUCACCGAGGCAAUGCUCGGAAAGGAGCUGUCCAGAGGUGGACUUCGCCACUAAUAUUUCCUUCAUAAAGAAGUCGGUAGUUCAAUGCUGGGCCAACUAAUUUUUGACAAUUCCCAGCUAAUGCCCUAUUACUCAUCGGAGUGACUAUUUGUAGACACCAUAUAGAGAAUGAUAUUGCUAAUUGCUUUUUUUCUAUUUUUUUCUGUUAUAUUGGUAAUCUGUAACCUCACAUGCCUUCUAGGAGGAAUAUAUACUAUGUUCAGGUUUAACUUCGCCAAUCGCCACUCACCACGUUUCGUCUUCAUCCAAACACGGCAAAUAUGGAAAUACAUGUAGUCCAUUAACUCACCAACUCGCCAUUCGUCUUUCACAUUUUUCGCCCACUUGGCAACCUAGGAUUGGGGUAGAUUGGAAAUCGUUGAUUGUCCAGACGUCACACCAGCUUUCGACGUAAUACGAGAUUCCAUCAUGGCGCGAAAUUCCUUUGUACAUUUUUACAUACAUCUCGAGACAUAGGCAUGACAUAUUUACAGAAGAGGAUUAAAUGAUUGGCGAAAACCCUACGUCUUCAUAAAUGAGUGGUCUUCUUGAAAUACGUGUGUAACAUUUCAAUCAUUGCAAGUCCCUGUGGCGAAAAAAGUGACGUAGCCGGAAAUCACCAACUGAUUCACACGGGGAUUCUCACGGCGCAUACGUAGAGAACUCCAUAUAACAUAGAUGCCCAGUGACCUUGUUGCGAGGAAUCCUCUUUUUACCAAAUGCACGCUGCUAUUACGAAAACCCUCACCAGUCAUCAAUCUUUGGUGAGCUUCCAUUAUGGUAAUCUAAUGGAAGGAUUUAAGUCCAUGGUAAUGCCACCUCAUUAAAUACUUUCACAUAAAGUUUUAAUCGUCACAGUGUCAUUACAUUCACUUUAUCCAACCUCUCCAACCCUGGACAACUUAAUUAUCAAUUCAAAAUGGCUGCACCGUAAGUAGGGGGCGCACGAGACAACAUCACCAUUGACUUUUAAGCCUUUUAGCAGUUAAAUUGUCAAUGUGUGACCGCGUCGCAUCAAAUACUGCGUUGGGUUGUGAAUCAGAAAUUUUGAUAUGAUAUUUCGGACAGUCGGGCAAGUAAAUGGUGAAAAGUAAACUGGUAGUUGACCUUGGAAAUAUUUUGAUAAUCGACAAAUUGGACAGACGUUGAUAUUUCCCCCUCUUUUCAGCCAACUGGCAGAAACAUCUCAAAACAUUGCCAAAUUAGCGAAAAUUCGAAGUUAAUUUUUUCAUCAAAAAAUUUCUUUAUAUCUGUAGACUUGCCACACUAGAUGUCUUUUCAAUACCUCUCCAAAUAUUCACUUGACAGUUAUAAACAUACUCGCGUCUAAUUGAUAGGUCUGGAACCCCCAACCUAUGAAUAUUCAUUGGUGGUCUUGUCUCGCAUUGACCCAUGGAAAUAGAGGUUUAACUUUAUCAGCCCUUCGAUUCUACGGUAUACCAUUAUGAACAUGCAUAAAAGUACGUGUAGCUUCAAACGCGGGGUGGGAUCAUGUGGUUUUAGCUUAAUUAGUGCAUCUUGAAGUAGGAAAACGAGCGUACUUUUGUUGGCAACAUGCGACAGCUUCAUGGACUGAUUCCCCCAUAUAAAAUCGAGUGGCUUAUGCCACCCACAGGCUGGUGGCAUGGCUGGAAGCAAGAAUUGCAACCGCAAUGACACUACACAUAUGUACCCGUCUCUGACAUGUCAAAAGCCCUGAAAUGACUACCGUCCAUUAGUUUUAACAAAGCAACGGAUACGCAUUUAACAACAUGUAGUUCGUUGGCAAUAUAAACUGCAAAGAAAUUAAAUAUAUCGAAACAAACGAAAUUAUCGUGUUAUUUUUUGAGCAAAGUAAGAUCGAAGCAAUAUAUCUUUCUAGCAUGUCUACUAUGUCAUGUUAAACAUAAUAAAUAGAUCCAUUAUUAUUCUUUUGACCAAUAACCAAUAAAUUUAUAAAUAUUUUAUAUAAGAAACUAAUCAAUAUUUGGGAACCAACUGAACUUUAUUCGGUAAUAUCAUUUGGUGUAAUGUAACUUUGUUGCUGUCCCGUCUGUAACUGCCCCAAAAAAAUUAUAUUGAACAUUCUAACCGAGUUGUAACAAUAGUCUUAGCGCUACAAUGUAGUCGCGUGUUUCAAGCGUACAACUGCUGUAUAACAGUAUGCACAUCGUUUCUUAUACGUCCGCAAUAGUCUAGAUGCUUUAGAUGCUGAACGGCUAAAGGAGCCAACCUUCAUUAUAUUAAUAAAAGGGCCGGGUCUAUUUGGCAAGCCGCUCGCCAAACAGGCAUCUUUUUUGUCCUGUUUGGAGAGCCGCUUGCCAAACAGCACUAAAAAGCCACCCUGUUCGGCCAGCCGGGCUUGCCAAACAGAGCAAAAUUUCUUUCCUGUUUGGCAAGCCGAUGAAUAAACCACGCCUACUCAUGAAUAUGCAUAAUGGCGUAUUGGUCUGAAAAUGGUCUGUUACUGCGGUUUUUCCUUUAGAGUAACCAAAUUCCUCUGAAGCGAAAUGAAAACAGUGAAGCUUGUCUCUUGAUAUUCAUCAAGAGCUUUCUCCAAAUCUUCAAAAGAGCCAUACGAAGCCCCCACGCGCAACUUUUCUACUGACGAAAUCGAGACAAGACCACUAAUGAAUAUUCAUAGGUUGGAGGGUCGAGGCCUAUCAAUUAGACGAGUGCAUGUUUUUAACUCUCAAGUACAUAUUUGGAGAGGUAUUGAAAAAAUAUUUGUUGUGUCCGGAAUAACAUAAUCUAAAUUUCAGAUUCACAACCCCACGCAGAAUUUGAUGCGUCGCGGUCAAACAUUGACAAUUUAACUGCUAAUGGGGUUAAAAAAUCAAUUGUGGUCUUGCCUCCAUUUACACUACAUUUUGGGUCAAUUUAGUGAAAAAUUUGAAUGUGCUCAAAUCACCCUAAUUCAUUUAGAAUAUUGUAUUGCUGAUGAUUUAAGGUCAAAACAAGCUAAAAUAAUGAGAAAAAAACUUAAUUUGACCCAAAUAUGAGUCAACCUAGCCCCGGUCUACGUUCGGUUUCAUUUUUACAAGUCUUGUUGUGUUGCCAUUCAUUUUGUAAUUUCUUUGAAACUACUUAGGCCUUGAUUCUGAAAGUUGUGCCCUAAGCAGCAAAGAUAUUCCUUAAUCACAUCCUAAACUUUCAGCUCCAUAGCUUGCUUAUUCUGGCCAGGGCUGGUCUUUGAAUUUGGUGCUGUUGGCUGCAAAAUCAUGACUUUUUGGCGAUUUUGUCCUCUUUCGUCGCUUUUGGCACAGUGUACCACUCUUGGAAAUGUCUCUCAUUUCUCCCAAAAUGUCCAGAUAUGACUUUCCUUUGUUGGAGAGUUGUGGGAUGUCAUGUACAUUGGUUUGAAAAAAUUCUCAAAAUGUUAACCCCUGAAAUGUACCUUCAUUGAGACAAGACCACUAAUGAAUAUUCAUAGGUUGGAGGGUCGAGGCCUAUCAAUUAGACGAGUGCAUGUUUUUAACUCUCAAGUACAUAUUUGGAGAGGUAUUGAAAAAAUAUUUGUUGUGGCAAGUCUACAGAUAUAAAGAAAUUAUUUGAUGAAAAAAAUAAUUUCGAAUUUUGCUAAUUGGGUAAUAGGGGGCGUGUUUUGUGUUUUUUCUACCAGUUGGCUGAAAAGAGUGGAAAUAUCAAAGUCUGUCUAAUUUGUCGAUUAUCAAAAAAUUUCCGUGGUCAAUCACCAGUUUAUUUUUCACCAUUUACUUGCCCGACUGUCCGGAAUAACAUAAUCUAAAUUUCAGAUUCACAACCCCACGCAGAAUUUGAUGCGUCGCUGUCAAACAUUGACAAUUUAACUGCUAAUGGGGUUAAAAAAUCAAUUGUGGUCUUGCCUCCAUUUACACUACAUUUUGGGUCAAUUUAGUGAAAAAUUUGAAUGUGCUCAAAUCACUCUAAUUCAUUUAGAAUAUUGUAUUGCUGAUGAUUUAAGGUUAAAACAAGCUAAAAUAAUGAGAAAAAAACUUAAUUUGACCCAAAUAUGAGUCAACCUAGCCCCGGUCUACGUUCGGUUUCAUUUUUACAAGUCUUGUUGUGUUGCCAUUCAUUUUGUAAUUUCUUUGAAACUACUUAGGCCUUGAUUCUGAAAGUUGUGCCCUGAGCAGCAAAGAUAUUCCUUAAUCACAUCCUAAACUUUCAGCUCCAUAGCUUGCUUAUUCUGGCCAGGGCUGGUCUUUGAAUUUGGUGCUGUUGGCGGCAAAAUCAUGACUUUUUGGCGAUUUUGUCCUCUUUCGUCGCUUUUGGCACAGUGUACCACUCUUGGAAAUGUCUCUCAUUUCUCCCAAAAUGUCCAGAUAUGACUUUCCUUUGUUGGAGAGUUGUGGGAUGUCAUGUACAUUGGUUUGAAAAAAUUCUCAAAAUGUUAACCCCUGAAAUGUACCUUCAUUGAGACAAGACCACUAAUGAAUAUUCAUAGGUUGGAGGGUCGAGGCCUAUCAAUUAGACGAGUGCAUGUUUUUAACUCUCAAGUACAUAUUUGGAGAGGUAUUGAAAAAAUAUUUGUUGUGGCAAGUCUACAGAUAUAAAGAAAUUAUUUGAUGAAAAAAAUAAUUUCGAAUUUUGCUAAUUGGGUAAUAGGGGGCGUGUUUUGUGUUUUUUCUACCAGUUGGCUGAAAAGAGUGGAAAUAUCAAAGUCUGUCUAAUUUGUCGAUUAUCAAAAAAUUUCCGUGGUCAAUCACCAGUUUAUUUUUCACCAUUUACUUGCCCGACUGUCCGGAAUAACAUAAUCUAAAUUUCAGAUUCACAACCCCACGCAGAAUUUGAUGCGUCGCGGUCAAACAUUGACAAUUUAACUGCUAAUGGGGUUAAAAAAUCAAUUGUGGUCUUGCCUCAAUCGGCAAAGGUGGCGAGGGCUCCGCCAUUUUUUCCCUUCUCCCUUUCCAGCCUCACUUACUUGAGCCUCUCCAGCGCAUUACUAACUUAUGAAUAUUAAUGAGCCCUUGGGCAUUUAUAAAUAUUAAUGAGUUCGGCUCUCCAUUGAGGACAAAAAAAGUCGCUGUUUGGUAAGCCGGGCUUGCCAAAUAGUCACUUCGUAAUAAAAGAUGGAUAAAAACACCCGAUGCGCUGCUUAAUGUUACCACUUACUUAGAUUUUUUAAAGUACCUUCUUGAUUUGCCGUGUUCGUAAACUGACCGUCAUCAAGAUGCUAUUAUAGCGCUAAUGGAACUAUAUUAAGCUUUAUGACAUAGGUAGCUGUGUAAGCCAAGUUUAUGAAUCUCCCAGAGGUUUUUUCCACGGAAAUCCGCGUUUUAAAACUGCUGCAAUUGUUUCAUUCCUGGUCGUAUCGCAUGCACUAGUUUCAUCGAUCUAAAACCGAUUCUAAAUAAUCAGCACGCGCCCAAAAUACGCUGGGCUGGUUAUUCGAUAUCGUCAUUCGACAUAUUUGGAAAGACAACUUGUUGACGACGCCAGUAUUUGUCCGAUGCAUGACGUUAAGUUUUGACCUUUGUGUCGAAUUCCUAGUAAAUGAUAAAGAUGUCUAAGAUCGGUGAAACCGGAGUGUGUACGACUGACAUGAUUUUGAUUUAAAUAGCACCUCAUGAAGUCUUAUCAUAUACCUGAAGCAGUUAGGCACUUUUAUGAUGCAAGUUACGGUGAGUGGAUAGAUAAUUUAGUAGGGUUUGUGAAAAGUCGUUUAGAACGACAGUGUUUUUUAGGACCAUUUAGGUAAACCUAACUGAUUAACCGGUUGUAAAAGUCUACAGUCCUUUUCAAGAGUCUAGGUAUUAUAUAGUGAGACAAACACAUUAUGCACAGUAGUAGGCCAAACUGUUGUUGCGAGAAAAACAAAUAACAAAGACCAGGUCGCAAUUACCAGAUCGUGUAAUUUUGUCAUAUACCUGAUUAUCUCACAAGGCCUUAAUUACUCUUCCUGAUGGUCGCUUAAAAUCUUCGGCCAUUUCCAUUAAAAAAACCCGUUGAUACAUUUCCACCGUGAUGAAAUUCCUAGGCCUGUGGUAAUGUAAUGUAAUGUAAUGUAAUGUAAUGUAAUGUAAUGUAAUGUAAUGUAAUGUAAUGUAAUGUAAUGUAAUGUAAUGUGACGUAAUGUGACGUAAUGUGAUGUAAUGUAAUGCAAUGUAAUGUAAUGUAAUGUAAUGUAAUAUCCGUGAUUAUAAAGAGCUACUCAGAAUAAGAUGUUGAAAAGCUAGGUCUUAAGUCAUUUUCUAAAUGACAAUGAUAUCAUUGUAUCAUCCUUGGUAGAGAGGCUUCUACUUCCAAAUCAACUAUAGAUA